AUGAGGCUAGAUUUCAGCAUCAUUCUCCUCCUGAUCACUGCUGCCAUGAUUAAGCACGGCAGGGCUGAGAGCGUCUGCUUCGAAAGCCUCGGAUCGUCCACCUCGAUAGGGAACAGAGAGAGCCUGAUCCGCCAUCUAGCUGCCAACGUAUCCUUCACCGGUUUCACGACCGCAACCGUCGGCCGGCCUCCGGAUCAAGUACACGGCCUGGGCAUGUGCGUUGGCAAUGCCUCCGGCAUGGACUGCCGAAGAUGCGUGACUGAGGCCAUCACCUGGGAUCUUACGAUUCUUACCAACUGCACCUCUGCCUUCUCUUGGGAAACGCAAUGCAUGUGGCGCUACUCCCCGGAGAACUUCGUCGGGGUCGUCGACGUCGAGAACAAAAUCGCAUCUUACAGCAUAAACAACGUGACGGAGCAUGCUCGGUUCCAGGAGCAGAGGCGGAUGUUCCUCAACAAUCUUACUGUGUCCACCGUCAGCAACAAGACGGGGUUCAUGUUUUCCAUGGGAGAGAUUGGCUUCAACGCUUCUCAUAAGAUAGAAGGAUUGGUACAGUGCACAAGGGACAUCUCCAAGGCUGGCUGUGGGAAUUGUUUGGCAACCGUCAGAUCUUUUAUUGCCGACAUUGAUGAUGAUUGGAUCAGUCUAGAAGCCGCCACCGGAAGUUGCAUGAUGCGGUGCCGACUGCAACCAAUUGCACCGCCUCCGCCGGCCGAGCCAUUCAACUACCCGCCGUCGUCAUUCGCCUCUAGGGCAUUCCGCUCGUUAAACAUGCAAGGAACACCGGUGGGAAAGUUGAUAAGAAAUCUAGCUAUGAUCAUCAUCUCGAUGUGGGCUUAUGCAGAGUUGCUCUUUUAA